AACAGAAGCAUUAUUCCGCAUGAAGAAAGAACAAAACGAGGAAACACAAAACAAAACAAAAAAACUCUCUAGCACUUAUUGCACUUAUUGGGCCGGCCAAGCAGCGCUAGAGUUGCCGGGUCGUUAUUUUUGCCGUAGGCCGUAAAGCCCUACAAGACGUCGUGUUAUUGCGUACGUGGCGCCCGAUUACUCGUCCGGCGCCGACACGAGCCCACGUUCCCCUCUCCUCUAUAUCUACCAGUCACGCAUCGGGGCGGCCGCGGAGCAACCACUUCUUCGCCAAGCAAACAAGGAAGAUCCAUCCCCUCAAGAAAUAUCUCCGCAUCCUCCAAUUCCAUUGGCAUAGGGAUUCUGGCAAGUUGAUUUCAGUUUUAGCAUGGAGAGGUUCGCCGCUAUGGUCGCCGGCCGCCGCGCCGCUCCUGCUGCGAAGCCCGCUUCCGCCGCCGAGGAGGGGGGCGAGGAGUACCUGCGGAUCCAGCUGGAGGAGAUCGUCAUCGUCAAGGACGACGCCUACGACGCGCUCGCCGCCGCCACGGCCGCCGCGCAGUCCCGCGCCAACGGCAACGGCCAAUGCGGCGGCGGCGCCACCCCCACGGGCACCGCGUCCACUUCCAUGGAGAACUGCGCGAGGGCGGCCGCGGCAGCGCGUGGCGGGAGCUCGACGAGGCCUGCCGCCGCGCAGGGCGCGUGGACAGCGGCGGCGAGGGGCGUUGGCUUCGACUAGACGUCGACCACCCCGACGCGCUCGUUUCCGAUCGGUGGGUGGGUGAUUAUCUGUACGUGUCCUUGUUCCUAUCCAGCAUCGAACUCGGGUUGGUGAACUCCGGUGUAGGUUUUUUUCUUCUUGAUGAUUCUUCGUUGGUGUGGUUGGUGGAGAGGUGAUCGGUUGUAGCUUGGAUCGUCAAAUCGGUUCUGUCGUUGAUCCUGUUGCUAUAUAGUAUGCCACUUUAUCUA